AUGUCGUGCUAUUCGUGUCCAAAUUCAUCGCCUCACCAACCUGGUUCCCCCACGUCCUAUCUUCCGGAAGCUGACUACGAUGAAAUAAACAAAUCAUUACUCCCCAUCCAAGUCUCUGCCGCGAACAUUCCAACUGCCGUCCGUGUUUACUCAACCAUCCAAAGCCUUAUCCAGCCUGGCCAAAUCGAUUACCCUGAUCUACUUGUCAUUACCCAGCUAAAGCCACAUGUCGGUAUGCAACUAUGGCAGAAAUUUGAACACCUUGAAUCACCAGCACUCCGAAAGUCCUUUGAUCCCAACACUGGAAACUUGACGAUCAAAAUACCCACGCCGCUACAUAAUUGUGCCCAGACUUGGUUCCAAGACGCACGAGACAAGUGGAUAGAAGCCGGGCUUCUGACCACGGCCGAGAAACGAAUGAUGAAAGCCCAAGUGGCGGAUACGAUUACCCUCACACGGGGCGUUUAUGCUAAUUCUUGGAAAGAACCGGAUGUGCAUGUGAAUGUUCAUGGUCUCAAUCUCCCCACGCUCUGCUUCGAAGUCGGAUACAGCGAAUCAAAACCCCUUCUUGAAAGUGACAUGCGAAGACUACUGAUUGGCGGCCAAGGUGAUAUUUCUGCUGUGAUAUUGAUUAAGUGGUACAAGAGACGAGCCGGUGUUGCUGGUAUGAUUGAACUUUGGCGACUUGACGUUAACGGUGACCCAGUCAGAGAACAGGAUGCAGCCAUUUUUCCAGUACCUUCAUCUCCUCAGCCCCCUCUUACGGUCACACGGAACAUGUUGUUUGGAAAUGCCCUUUUACAGGGGCGGCCACCACUUGAUAUUUUUUCAUUCUCCCUUGACGAUUUACGCACCGAGGCGCGUAUUGCUAUGGCCAAACAGUCCCUUUUUCCUCUUUGA